GUCCCUUCGCGUACUCAACCGCACGAUCAAACUUUUGUUGGUGUAUGGUUUACUCGCAGUUAUCACCGAAGUACUGAUACAUAGCCCUACUAGACAUCAUGAAGCCCAUUCAGUUUGCCAUCCUUGCCAUCCUCGCCGCUGUCGCCGGGGUGAAGGCAGCUUCAACUACUACCAACGAUGGAGUCUGCGACGAUUCGCAAUGCUACACUAGAGCGCCUGCCUGCAGUGAUGAUGCGAUAGCUGUCGAAAUUUACUCAGAUUGCUGGACCUGCUGCGAUAUUGAUGUUUCGGUCAAGCUUGAGAAAGUCCACAAAUUACUACACGAAGAUGUUUGAACACGCUGUAUUAGUCGUCAUCAGAUGCUUAGGUUCACGUUUGAAUACAUAGGAUAUACAUGUGUUCCACAUCUUUGAUAUCUUUCUAUAAGCUGCAGAACAUAU